GAUAGGGUAGGAGCUCGCCCCAUCGGCUGUGAUUUGGUGGAUUUUAUACUCCGCAUGCAUCUCGUAUCGGUAUUGGCAAUCCUUUCUAAAGGAUUUCAUCGGAAGACCUGUACCUGUCCUGUUCUAAAAUUUACCGGAAAAUCAUCGGACAUCUCGUCCAGAUCGCUACUUUUGGAUAAUUAAUAUAAAAACAUGUCACGUAUAAUAGCACCGGUGUUUUGAAAGGGAUAUAAACAUAUCCGUGAGCAUACAAAUAUUAAUAUUUGUUCGGAAGCAGAUAGCUCUCUGUCCAGUCUCUAUUUCCAGAAAUACAGAAAUUAAAUGAAAGAUCUGCGAUUUCCACCAACAAUAUCACGUGAUUGGUAUUGUUACACAUUUCAAGAUGAAGCUGUCGAUGCUGUCGCAACGUGGUCAGAGUCCUUCGAAAUGGUACGGGUGCAGUCUGCAUUUUUAUUGACGAGACGAGAAACACCAGCAAACGCCGUCAGCCGCCCAGACGAAUCGAUAAAGCGGUGCGAGAUAUUGUGGAGGUGGAGAAUUUCCAAAGUUUAAUCACGGACAGGGCCGACGGGUUGUCGGCGAUUUUUCUGGGGCAUUAACCGACAGAGGUGAUCAAGAUGAUCUGCUGGGUCCUCGUCGGAGCCUUUGCGGCCAUUGUAUCUCUUUAUUGCCUUAUUGAACUUCAUUACUUCAUGCGCAUGUUCCUGACGGUCUUUCUUGCUCGUUUUUGUAAGAAAAGGGUGCACAUCCUUGACGAGACCGCGGUCUAUGGGAUUUGCACUACCACCGACGUAGACGCCCUUUUGUAUCACAUGAAUAAUGCAAGGUAUCUUCGUGAGCUCGAUUUUGCGAGGGUCGAUUUUUACGAGAGGACGAAUCUAUACAGAGAGGUUUGUGCCCAAGGAUCAGGGGUCGUGCAAGGGGCUGCUACCAUACGUUACAGACGAUUCAUCAAGCCGUUGACGAUUUUUAAAAUAACGUCUAAGAUUAUUUAUUGGGACGAAAAGAGUUUCUUCAUGGAGCAUCGAUUCAUCAGCAUAAACGAUGGUUUUAUACGAGCCAUCGCAAUUUGUAGGCAGAGGCUCCUCAACUGUACUGCUGACUCUGUAAUUACUGCACUGCUGAAUCGCGGAGUGAAGCAAAGUGGAAGUAUCGAGGCAGGUGUGAUUCAGGUACCUACCGUGCGGCCUCAGAUGCCACCGGAAGUACGCCGGUGGGUUGAGAGCAACGAGAUCUCUUCAGCGAUAUUGAGGCAAGAACCGAUCACAGUGACGACGCAAUGCUGACAAAAGGAUGCGACGUCUAGCGACGUCACUGAGGCACCGACAUACGCAACUACGACUGUGUAACAAGUGUCGCGGAAGAGAAAGAAAGAUAUUACUUUCGAUUUCCAUCUUUAAUUAUCCAGCUGAUAGCCUGAUCGAAUACUGAAUUAAGAUCGAUUAAUCUUAGCGAUUCUCGCUGCUUGAGCGAUCGAGGCAUUCAUAUUAAUCGAAAUUUUAUGCGUAACAGCGCUAAUUUCCGAAAUAAAUAAUGGCGUAUGGCCUCGAGGAUAACUUACGGUAGCUUGAUAGCUGAGAGAGAAUAAGAAUAAUUAAUGUAAGCGUGGAGAGAGAGAGAGAGAGAGAGAGAGAGAGAGAGAGAUUCGCUUUUCUCCGUAUCCAAGCGAAUUAAAGCAAAACGGAUACGGACGUUUAGAUGGAUUUUUCAACAGAGAUUUUUAAAAGUGAGUUACGGGCUCAAAAUUGUUUUGUGAUCUUUAUAUUUUAUUAUUAUACGAUACUUUAUUCAUGCAAGCGUAACACAUUAAUGUAAGGCGUCAGAUUAAAAUUAAAAUAUCGAGGCAAUAAUUACGACUUGACAAGUUGCAGACUACUGAAAAUUGAAUUGUAUAACGGUUUACCUGUAAAAUAUUUGUGCAUUACAUGAUAAAGGAAAAUAGAAGCGAAAGUAAACUUGUCAUUGUGCCAUUAGUUCAUCAUUCGAUUGAAUAUUAGCAUAUUAUAUACAUGUACAAUAUAAUAUACAUAUAGCAAGGUAUGUGUAGAAUAUCUAAUAUGCUAUUAGAGCCUAUAAUUAGAUAUCCCGCACUCUAAUGUUACGCCUUCAAAUUUUUGUACAUAGCCGCGUCAAUGGGAUACGUACGGCAGGGAAGUAAUAAAUAUUAAUUUAUUUAUUAUAUGACAAUG